GUAUCCGUAUUGCAGCUCUGACCCGACCAUCCACCACAAAUCAAAUCUCACCAUAAUAUGUGAGUCGAGUUCCAUGGGACUAAAACAACGGUUGCCGCGCUACAUAAUGAGGAGCCACUUAAUCGUCAAGGUAAGGGGCUGAAGAUGCCCACGUCAGCUGAAGCAUCACGCCAAAUAGCCGCCCUAAGCGGUGACUUUUAUUAUUCAGACAUUAAUACAUAUCUAUAUUUGCUUCCAUAUUCCAUCUUCCCCCAUUAAGCCUCUCGAUCAAACAGCAUUUCAGAACUAGCCUUAUCCUAUCCGUGACCAAAGCUAUCCAAAGCGACCGAAGACUGCUAUAAACAGGAAUGGACCCACGCUACGGCGGCGAAGCUUCUUCCUAUUAUGGCGAACAGCCUAAUCCUCAAUACCCCCAUAACGGUAACGGAGAUCGAUACGACGAACGUCAGCAUCAUUCAUCUUACCCGGGGCCCGGACCUGAAAAUGCCGGCCCGGAGGGAGACGGGGAGCGCGGUCUAAUGGGAGGGCUAGCUGGGGCUGCGGCCGGGGCAUACGGUGGCCACAAGAUGGGUCAUGGAGUUAUUGGAGCCAUAGGCGGUGCUGUGGCCGGCCAUAAGUUACAAGACUUCGUGCAUGACCGCAAGGAAAAGAAGGAAGAGGAAGAGAGGCUGCAACAUCAACUACACUCGGGACCACCACCACCAAGCUAUUCCCCGGGGCCGCAAUACUCACCUCAGCCUCAUCACGGAGGACAUCACUCCCCGGGCCAUGACCGGUCGAUAAAGAAUUACGCCGGAAAUUUCUCAUCUUCAUCUGACGACAUUCACUUGGAGGGUGACUACGACCUUUACGCUGCUUGCCGACGCCGAGACGGUGGUCGCCAGACCAGCUGUUUAAAUCUCAAUAAGAUACUUAGCAACGAAAACGGGCGCUUCAGUUGGGCGAAAGGUGGUUCUGGUGCCAGCAGCGUCACCGUUCAGCAAGGGGACACUCUGAUGGAUAUCGCGCGGCGCUUCAACUGCAGGGUCGAGGAUAUUGCGAGGACCAAUAACCUCAGUAACCCAGAUAUGAUUUACCCGGGGCAAAACCUGCAGGUACCCGGUCAAUCAACCGGCAACUUCAGUUCUACGGCAAGGGAUAUCCGUCUCAUUGAGAAUGGCCGCGUGCUCGAGGCGGAACUGAUGGACCUUGGAGGAAAUUGGCACAGGCAAAGGAUUGACUUGGACGAGUGCAUAGGAAAUGUGGAUGGAAAUCUCCGGUUGGUCUGAAGGCAUGGUAGAACGUUGUUCGACAGUAAAAAAGGCUCUGGGCGUCUAGGAUAUAAUCAAAUAAAUUUAGUUUAGCAGCUUCUACACGCCUACCUGCGAGGACUUUUUUGGUGAUUCCUUGUGUUCCUUGGCUAAUCUUUCAUAUGUUCUAUUUGGGUUGCAGUUAGAAAGGGACUUCAAGCAUGACAUGAAUCAUGUUGCAAAGUACAUGCCUCCACACCUACACAUAUUGCGCCUGGAAUCCCGUAGCUGUUCUGUUGUUAACACUAUAGAUACUGGAAUGAUGGUGUGUAUUAUGUGUUGGGUUUCUCUAUCGAAAUGAUGAUGAGCUUACUUACGUCUGAGGGAUGUAUAUCCUAUAUGCCUAUGGGUAUAAUAUAUAAAUGCACAGGACGCUUGGAGUACCAGUGUGUUACCUAGGUAGGUAGGCAGAACUAACCCCAUUGGAAAUUUUCGCCCAUGUCGUUUUUCGAUGAUUCUUCCUAUCCUCUAGGGCUGUCUGCAAUACGUAAAGGCCAUAGGUAUUGAACACUGUGGCUACCAUUGGAAGUCUAGUAGGAUUGGAGUUCGACC